AUGACUUCAAAAAUGUUUGUUGAAUCAUACGGUGAUGAAGUGUCUCGUGUAUUUACAUUGGAAAAAAGUCAAAAUCAAUCAAUUAGCUCAUUAUUUGAUCUACACUUAUCAUGGGUGACUUUUAAGAAGUUUUUUCUUCCUGUGGGAUAUCCAUCUAGUGUUAGCGAUGAUUAUUUAGAAUAUCAAAUUUGGGAUACUAUACAGGCAUUUGCCAGCAGUAUCACUGGUGCUCUUGCAUCACAAGCAGUUUUAAUCGGUGUAGGUGUUGGAGACUCAUCAGCUACCAUAUUAAGUGCUAGUUUAACGUGGAUGUUCAAAGAUGGUUCAGGUAUGAUUGGAAGAAUUCUAUUUGCUGGUUAUCAUGGAAUUAAAUUAGACUGUGAUUGCAAAUUUUGGAGAUUUGUUGCUGAUAUCUUAAACGACUGUGCUUUAUUCCUUGAACUCAUUUCUCCACUAUUCAAUGAUUUGUUUACACCAUUACUUUGUCUUGCUAAUGUACUUAAGUCUUUAGUUGGUGUCGCUGGUAGUGCAACACGUGCAGCUAUUGUUCAACAUCAAGCGAUUCAUAAUAAUCUAGCUGAUGUAUCAGCUAAAGAUGGUAGUCAGGAAACCUUAUCGAAUUUGUUGGCAUGGUUACUUAAUUUUAUUUUGUUAUAUAUGGUAACCGAUUAUGAAUUUUUACAAUUAACUAUAAAUUAUGUCAAUGAAUUAUGGUAUCCUUUAUUGAAUUCAUUACAAACUAAUCAUGAAUGGAAUAUAGAUUCAUUUCAAUUUGCAUCAGAUAUAUGGAGAUUAAAAAAAUCGAUAUAAAUAAUCCUGUAUAUAGUUUGUAAUGAUGUCUAUUAUUGUUGUUAUUGUUGUUGUUCUUGUUGUUGUUUCUUAUUUGUAAUAAAUGUUUUAAUAUG